UCUAGCUUGUACUUGGAUUCUAGUUCUAGGAAAACGUUCCCUGAUUUUUCGUGAUUGAGAUUUCUGUUAAUGUCGUUGGUGUCGAAAUACACUACAGCGAAUUUAUUGGCUUCGAGGAAAUAGUCGUUGAAGUUGUCGCACAUUUUGAAGUAUUCGCUAGUGUUUUAUCGAAUCACACGAAAUAUUUCCUUUCUUUCAUGUUAAUUAAGAUAGAUUUUUAAGUCGCCCUGCAGCUCUUUUCCAUAUUAAAUAACAAUGCAUGUCCCACUUUCGUAAGUUUUGCGUUCGUAUAGAAACACUCUGGAUUUAUUUAACUGUAUAAUUUUACCACACGAAGUUACCACGAGCCGGAAUGCCAGAAAAUUCGUUAAACUUGUACAAAUAACAAUAUUAAUAGCGAUUUGGAAAAUUAAUAAUAACAAAAAUUUAUUCAUAAACAAAGAUGACAGUGACUACUUCAAUAAUGACAUUGACAAACGUCAAAGAUGUCAAGUAAACGUAGCUAACUUCGCACGGUUAAAAUGAGGCUACUUCAAUAUAUGCAACACACAUUACAUAACACACAGGAAACCAUCGAUACUAUUAUUACAUUUUAAUUAUUAUUUAAUUGUUUCUAAAUGACUUCUUAGUAAGUAGUAAAUUAUUCUGGAGUAAGUAAUUUGUGGUUUAGUUUAUGGUUGAAAUUAUUUCUUAAAUCUUGUCCCACUCUUCAAUCUUGAGCGGUUUGCAUUGCACCACUCUCCCGUUGUUGUGAAUUCUGUGGUCAUUAAAAUUGCAAGUUUAAUACAAAGCGAACUUCUUAAUACACACUUAAACAUUUAUUACAUGGGAAACAUCCAACAAACAAUAACAAAAACAUUUAAUUGUAUCGUCCAGUCGAAGUUCAAUGAUAUCAACUCAUUCAAAUUACCUGCGAUAAUGAUCAGAUAAAAGUAACACCAAAAAUCAAAAUCGAGAGUGCUACGCAAACGACGCGAUAAUCAAAACAUCAUGGACAUCCAAAGGGACGAACACAAUCAAAAUUUGAAUCAAAUCCUCCUGGAAGAAACCUUCUACGUUCUAACGAAGAAAAACUGCAUAUUCAAAGUCCGCCUGACCAGGCGCGGCUUGCAUUUGAUCAAAGAAACCGACCAAAACCUCAAGGAACAAGUGAUCCCGAUCAGGGACAUAGUAGGCUGCAGAUGUCUGCGGAGCAAGAAACAAUCCAAACGGUGCGUCUGCCAAUCGAUCAGCCGAUCGAACAGCUUAGAAGUCGUCGAAGACACCUCGGGAGACCUCGAUCUAAACGAUACCAGUGCCUAUUUGUACAUUUACGCCUAUUUAUUCCAAGAGAACAAGAAGAGAGAACGGACCAUCGUUACACUUCGAUUCAGAUCGUUCGAUAAAUUCGAAGACAACAACCGAGAAGCACAGAGAUGGCGUACGAUAAUCAAGAAACUGAUCAAAGGCGAAUCGGUCUCGACCGGCAACAUAGCGGAGUUCGCGACGAGCCACCGCCACAAAGAAACGCGCAAAUUGCUGGUGCUGUGCAACCCGAAGAGCGGCGCCGGCAGGGCCAAGGACAUAUUCAGGGACAAAGUCAUACCGGUGCUCGAAGAGGCCGAGAUCCCGUUCGAUUUGCACCUGACCAAGCACGCCAACUACGCCAGGGAGUUCGUCAGGACCAGCAAUUUGUUCCAAUGGACCGGGAUCAUUACGGUGGGAGGCGAUGGGAUAUUGUACGAGGUGCUCAACGGGUUGUUCGAACGCAGCGAUUGGUCCGAGGUGGUGAGAACCCUGCCGCUGGGCAUCGUACCGGGCGGUUCCGGUAACGGUCUGGCGCGCAGCAUAGCUCACUACUACGGGGAACCUUAUCUACCGUCUCCGACGUUACCGGCCGCCCUUUGCAUCGUGAGGAACCACUGCGCUCCGAUGGAUCUGGUUCGCAUCGAGACCACCUCGCAGAUCAUCUUCUCGUUUCUCUCGGUCGGCUGGGGAUUGUUGUCCGAUAUCGAUAUCGAAAGCGAGAAAUUGCGGAUAUUAGGAGGACAAAGAUUUACUCUAUGGUCUAUAGCUCGUUUGAUAGGCCUGCGAAGUUACGGCGGGAAACUGUGGUACCUACCAGCCGACCAGCCGGCUAGAGAUCCAAAGGAAAACGUGACUUAUUCCUGCAACAUCGGCAGCAACACCGAUCUAGCCAUCGACAGUAAUUUAGAAGCAAAAGGUAGGCCGCGAGUGGACUCCUGGUACAGCGCCAACUCCAAGCGAAGCGCCUACUUCUCGGCGACGGCCAGUUCCUACCAAUCGGCCGCCGAAGAAGCCGCCGACAGCCGCGAGACGAACGGCGGCGACGGCGCGGAGAAGCCGCGCACCUACGGCCCCGCCAGCCAGAUACCCGCCCUCACCGCCUCCCUAUCCGACUCGGACGAGUGGCGGUGCCUGGCGGGGCGGUUCGUGCUCGUGCACGCCGGCUACCAGAGCCACCUCGGCGGCGACUUCCUGUUCGCGCCCGACGCCACGCUCAACGACGGCCGGAUAUGGCUGCUGGUGGUGCGGGCGGGCGCCAGCCGGGCGCAGCUGUUGCAGUUCCUGCUGGGGCUGAGCAGCGGCGCGCACGCCACCACCAAGACGUUCGAGGGGCUGGUGCAGCUGAUGCCGGUGAGGGCGUUCCGGAUCGAGCCGGACGCGGGCGAGGAUGGGUGCAUGACGGUCGACGGGGAGUUGGUGGAUUACGGGCCCAUACAGGGUGAGGUGUUCCCGUCGCUUUGUAGGGUGAUGGUUCCUUGAUCCGAAUGUGUUGAUAGUCGAUUUAGCGGUAGAGUUAAGAGGAAAUCCAAGGUUGUGAUCUUAUCGUCGUUUGAGCCGUUGCUUGUUAGAUUUGAUAGUUUGUUUUGAGUGUGAGGGAGUGUGACGAGAGGGUUAGACAUCGAUCAGAUGAUUUACUUAAUUUAUAUGUAUAUGCCCGGUUUUACUAACGAAAAAUAGCACUUUAUUCGAUGAAUAAAUUUAACUGUCCAAUAAGAAUACACAAUUUUGUUCUAGCAACAACAAAUUCGACGAUUAAAUUGACGUUUAAAUUAACCAACAUAAUUUGGACAGUUAAAGUUUUAUUUGAUGUUUUGUAACCUCAAAUAAUAUUAAUUUGUAAUAUCUUUGCAAGUGUUUUUCCGAUUGUGAAUUUUUGUUUUAAUUUAUUGGUUGUAUUAUUAGUAUUUUUGAAAAUAAUGGACAACAAGUAUUACAUAUUAUGUACUUUUUAAGUUAUUUUUAAAAUAAUUUAUUAGAUUUUUAGCAUCAUCUUCAUCGUCAUGUUUAACAUCAUCUGAUGAAGAUUUUCAUUAUUACCUCGAAUUGUUUUAUAGAAAAAAUUAUAGUUAUUAAAUUUUCCUUUCCUCUUCCAAGUAAUUUUUGCUUCUUUCCCUUUUUCGAUCCAUUUCAAAAUCACUCUCAAACUACAAAUGUAAUAAAAUAAUAAUAUUCAGUUCGAAGUCGAAGUUCCAAAUCUUCUUUUUUAGAAAAGAUUUGAAUUCGAAAGGUUGGUUUACCAGAAAUAUUUGCUUAAACUGUUAAAUAGCUAACUGAAGAUUAAAAGUGUAGGUGAAACGUCAAAAUAUUUAACUGGAGUUUUAAAGUUAUUCAUCGAAAAACUAUUUACAGAUUUAUUUGUCGUUGGUGAAACCGGGCCUUUUAUAUUAUUAGAUAGCUUUGCUAGGAAUACGGGUGAAAAUUUGUUGAUUUUAGGAGGGUUUUAAAAAAACAUUUAUUCGAUUUUACUGAGAUAUUUAGCUGGUAGGAUUUUUAGUAAGAAAACGGGCUUCUAUUCGAUGAGGUACAAGUUCCAAGUUAGGUCAAAUGCUCAAUAUUUAGAUGUAAGUGAAAGAAAAGCUUUAGCUCAAAUAAUUUUAGAGACUUUUGUUCCACUAAAGUGUUAACGAAAUUGUCCAUUUAGGUUUUAGUAUAAUAAUUCUAAUAAGUCUAUAAUAGAACUAUUUUUUUAUGUUUAUCCAUACGUUCGGGUUUAUUUAUUAGUUCCUUUUUACAUUAAAAAUAUAUUUAGCUAGGUAAUUGAAAUUUACGGCAUUUAUUUUAAAUGAAUGUAGGGAAUUUAUGAAAUGAAAUGUCUGUGAUUAGAAACAAGAAACCUAUUUACUUUUUUCUAUAGUUUAAUUAUUACCGAAGGCAACGUUAAAUUGAACAAACUGUUGAUGCAACUUUGUUUUAUUGUUGUUGUGUGUAUAAAAAAAUUUUAAAAGCUAAAUAAAUUAUUGUUUUAAUAA